CGUCGGGUGGUUGGGCCGCUGCCCCAGUCUGCCGAGGGUGGCCACGAGCGAGGCGGAGUGGCUGCUCUCAGCUUUAGUGCUAGUAGGUAGCUAGUGUCCGUGCAGCCUCCACGCACUUCGUCUCUGCUCAAAAGCGAGCAUCACUGCUAGCUACUCCGCUCAAAAGCAAAUUGAGAAGAAGCAGCAGCAGCAGCUGAUCAUCAUCGAUCGAUCAUAUCAUCAAAUACAACAAGAACAACAACAAGUAGCAGCAAAAAUAUAAGGGAAUGUCGAUCAAGUACUGCGACCAGCACAAGGACUGCGAGCGUCAGCGGCUGUACCGGCGCUUCUGCGCGGGGCUCGCCGCCCUCAUCCUGCUGGCCCUCCUCAUCGUGCUCAUCGUCUGGCUGCUGCUCCGCCCCAGCAAGCCCCGCUUCUACCUCAACAACCUCGACAUCGUCUGCAUCAACGUCUCCUCCUCCGCCGCCCUCUCCGUCACCAUGCAGGCCACGCUGGCGGCGCGCAACCCCAACGCCCGCGUCGGCAUCUUCUACGACCGCGCCGACGUCUACGCCGAGUACCGGGGCCUCCAGGUCACCGUCGCCACCGCGCUGCCGCCCAUGUUCCAGGGCCGCGGCGACGCCACCGUCUGGGCGCCCUUCCUCUCCGGCGCCGGCGUCCCGCUGCCGCCCUACCUGGCCACCGCGCUGGCGCAGGACGAGACGGCGGGGUACCUGCUGGUCACCGUGCGCGUGGACGGGUGGAUCCGGUGGAAGGCCGGGGCCUUCAUCACCAGCCACUACCACCUCAGGGUGCGCUGCCCGGCGCUGCUCACCGUCAACGACGGCCAGGGGAGCUACGGAUCCAACGCCGGAGGAGGGGUCGGAUACUUCAAGUUCAACCGCGCCGCGCCAUGCAUCGUCGAAGUCUAGCUACCUAUACCUAUAUAUUAUUACCUGCCUGCCUCACUAAUUUUCAUCAUCUCUCUACUGUUAUUACUUCAAUAUAUAUAUAAUUACUGUUAUCAUCGAUCGAUCCUUAAUUACUUCAAGUAAGUAAAAUAUGUAAUUGUUCAUGUCAUCCUUAAUUAAUUAAUUAGCUUCUUCAUCGAUU